GAAAUAGCCCCAGCCUUGCUGUUGACAGGACCAACCAGUUGGCCACAUCACGUGAUACACUUGGCGCGCAGCACCCGCUGAGCUGCAUCAUCAACGGAUGGAGAGCUCCUAGCAAAAGCUCCAGACCAACAAAGACCCGACACCCCUCUUCGCCUUCCCUUCCCUGAUUGUUUAGAAAGUCGUCUUUUCCGUACUUCGACAACUCCCUUGUUUCCUGUAUCGCUGAGGACACCAGCUGCCUACCAUGGGUGACAUCGCCGUGGAGAAUCCGGCGAACAGCGUUGCGCCUCACAAGAAGGCAGCUCCAGCUGACGCCAUCCCGAAUAUCGAUUCGCUUGAGGGCUCUGGUACCGACACUGGUGAUGAAUACGUUACCUUGAAGAGACUACAGAGACAUCUAGAGUACAUCAACCUACAAGAAGAAUACAUCAAGGAUGAGCAGAGGAGCUUGAAGAGAGAACUCGUUCGAGCGCAGGAGGAGAUCAAGCGGAUACAGAGUGUGCCACUGGUUAUUGGACAGUUUAUGGAGGCGAUAGAUCAGAACACUGGAAUUGUGCAGUCGUCAACAGGAUCGAACUAUGUCGUCCGUAUCUUGUCAACGCUCGACCGUGAGAAGCUGAAGCCUUCCUCGUCUGUCGCCCUUCAUCGCCACUCCAACUCCCUUGUUGAUAUUCUUCCACCGGAGGCAGACUCGUCCAUUGCUAUGCUUGGUGCCCACGAGAAGCCAGAUGUUACAUAUUCAGAUGUUGGUGGUCUGGACAUGCAGAAGCAGGAGAUCAGGGAGGCCGUCGAGCUGCCCUUGACGCACUUCGAUCUUUACAAGCAGAUUGGUAUCGAUCCCCCUCGUGGUGUUCUUCUCUACGGUCCUCCGGGUACGGGAAAGACCAUGCUGGUGAAGGCUGUUGCGAACAGCACAACAGCCAACUUCAUCAGAGUUGUCGGAUCCGAGUUCGUCCAGAAGUAUCUGGGUGAGGGUCCUCGUAUGGUCCGUGAUGUCUUCCGAAUGGCGCGGGAGAACUCUCCAGCUAUUAUCUUCAUCGAUGAGAUCGAUGCUAUCGCCACCAAGCGUUUCGAUGCCCAGACCGGUGCCGACCGUGAAGUGCAGCGUAUCCUGCUAGAGCUGCUGAACCAGAUGGACGGUUUCGACCAGAGCAGCAACGUGAAGGUCAUCAUGGCCACUAACCGUGCGGACACUCUGGACCCAGCCUUGCUGCGACCGGGUCGUCUGGACCGAAAGAUCGAGUUCCCGUCGCUCCGUGACCGACGAGAGCGCCGCCUGAUCUUCAGCACGAUCGCUUCGAAGAUGUCGCUGUCACCGGAAGUCGACCUGGACUCGCUGAUUGUGCGCAAUGACCCUCUAUCGGGAGCGGUGAUCGCGGCUAUUAUGCAGGAUGCCGGUCUGCGGGCGGUGCGCAAGAACCGUUACAACAUUAUCCAGUCGGAUCUGGAGGAUGCAUACUCCAACCAGGUCAAGGGAUCGCGGGAAGCGGACCAGUUCGAUUUCUACCGGUAAAUGGGGGACUCUGGGUGGAUGCUGGUCACGGAGGUCUUGUGCAUGGCGAGAGGGGAGGUGUAGGCAUAGCAUCGUUUCUCUUGAUCGGAUCUUGCCGUAAUGCAAUGGGCACGGUGGUUCUCACAGCCGUUUGAUGUGUUCGAUAUCCUCCGGUAGCACCUGUCUUUCUUAUCUUCUCGUAGUAAUGACUCCGGGCUAAGUUAUCGUGUAGACCGCAGAGUAGAAUGCACUUUAGUAGGCGCGUGACUCGGGGGAUCUCGCAGGUUCCUGCAGGUGCCUGACGUUGGUGUAGACUAAGCUCGUCCAGGCACCCGUGUUUCUCCCACUGCCAGCUGUUUCACCGCCUGUUAUUAUGAUUAUUACUCCGUAGUUAGUUAUUAUUUUAUUAUGACUACGCUUUUUA